UCAUCUGUCACGUCACGUCGAGCUACCCGCCUAUCUGCAAUCGCAUGGUUAACUGAGAUGAUAAAAUAAAAAAAAAACUAUUAUCUGUAUCUCGUAAAACAUCUAAAUCCCUAUUUUUAAACAGUGCGGUAAACUAUUGUGUUUUUUAUAAUUUUAAGUUGGAAUGGACAGAUUGAACUUUUUUCCCAGAGCUUUUUGUCAAGAGGGCGGCGGGUUCUUGAGGAGGGCCAACCCAGCACACCUGCAAGACGUCUUCAACAAGUACGCCUCCUUCGAGAAAAAUGGGGAACGUUACAUGACGCCCGAGGAUUUCGUCAUCAAAUACUUGAACUUGUUGGACGAGAAGAAGUACCAUCCUGACACCCUGAGGUUGCUAGCUGCCAUCGUCGACACCAGCAAGGAUGGGCUCAUCUCUUACCCGGAGUUCCAGGCUUUUGAAGGGCUGCUGUGUUUUCCGGACGCCUUGUAUAAGACGGCUUUCCAGUUGUUUGAUACUAACGGAAAUGGAAUGGUUAGUUUUCAGGAAUUCGUUGAGGUGAUGAAGAAAACCGACCUGCAAAGGAAGAUCCCCUUCAACAUGGACUCCCCCUUCAUCCAGUUGUAUUUCGGGAAAGACAAGAAACGUCUAGUUUCGUACAACGAGUUCAGCCAGUUCCUGCACGAUUUCCAUGAAGAGUAUGCAAUUGAAGGUUUUAGGAGAGCAGAUAAAGAGGGCACAGGUUUUAUUUCUAUUUUGGAUUUUCAGGAAAUCAUGAUCAGCAUCAAGAGUCACUUGCUCACCAAGCAGGUCCAGACGCAUCUCAUCGAGGCGGCGAGAGAAUCGCAGGGCGGGAGCCGCGUCAGUUUCCCUUACUUCAUCGCGUUCAACGCCUUGCUGAACAACAUGGAGCUGGUGAAGAGGAUCUACCUAAACGUGACCAACGGCCAUAGGACCCAGGAGGUUAGCAAGGAAGAGUUCAUGCACUCGGCGCAGGCGAUGUCCCAAAUGACCCCCCUGGAAGUGGACAUUCUCUUCAACUUGUGUGACGUCCUGCACCAGACAGGGAGGAUCGUGUACAACGAUCUGUACGCCAUAGCCCCGGAGCAGUACUUUAAGCAGAUCACCAAUCGCUUGGCUGAAAUUCACGCUGUUUCGAGCCCAGAAGACAGAGGUGUUUUCAUACAAAUUUUAGAAAGUACAUAUCGUUUCGCCUUGGGUUCUAUAGCUGGUGCUGUGGGAGCGACGGCAGUUUACCCGAUAGAUUUAGUAAAGACCCGCAUGCAAAAUCAGAGAACAGGCUCGUUCAUUGGUGAACUGAUGUACAGGAAUAGUUUCGAUUGCUUCAAGAAAGUCAUUAGGCACGAGGGCGUUUUGGGACUUUACCGAGGUCUGUUGCCCCAGUUGAUGGGCGUGGCCCCCGAGAAAGCCAUCAAACUUACGGUAAAUGAUCUAGUAAGGGACAAAUUGAUGGAUAAAAAGGGAAAUAUUCCACUGUACGGUGAAAUUCUUGCUGGUGCGUGUGCCGGCGGAUCGCAAGUCGUCUUCACCAACCCCUUGGAGAUAGUGAAAAUCCGCCUACAAGUGGCAGGCGAAAUAGCUGGCGGGGCGAAAGUCCGAGCCUGGACGGUCGUAAAAGAACUAGGUUUGUUUGGACUAUACAAGGGCGCCAAAGCCUGCUUACUCCGAGACGUACCGUUCAGUGCUAUCUACUUCCCCGCUUAUGCCCACACCAAGGCUAAAUUUGCGGACGAGAACGGCUACAACAGCCCCAUCACCCUUUUGGUCGCUGGUGCGAUCGCGGGUAUCCCCGCUGCGUCCCUCGUGACCCCUGCCGAUGUCAUCAAGACCAGGUUGCAGGUGGUGGCGAGGGCAGGUCAGACGACGUACAGCGGUGUUUUGGACGCCACGAGGAAAAUCUAUGCGGAGGAGGGCUUCCGAGCCUUUUGGAAAGGAGCGAUAGCUCGUGUGUUCAGGUCCUCACCACAGUUUGGUGUGACCCUGGUGACUUACGAACUGUUACAAAGAUAUUUGUACAUCGACUUUGGAGGAACUCGUCCUUCAGGUUCGGAGUUAAAGGUGGCGACGAUAGGGGACGGAAAGAGGCCGCAGAACCCGGACCACAUAGGGGGCUACUCGGUGUCUAUUCCCAUUUUCUCAGGAAUCGAAACUAAGUUCGGUUUAAGCCUGCCGAAAUUCAGCGUCGCGCAAACGUCUUAAGAUCCCCCCAUCUUAGUCAGUUUAGGUUUUAAAUUUGCUUCUCUGCCGUAAAUUGUUAAAUUUAUGAAAAUUUUAUUGUACAUAUUACGCGACGUAGGAUAGGACUAUUGUCUGUUAUUGUCAAAUAUACACGGUACUUUAUUAAUUUAUCCAGGAGCUGUGAUAUCCUGUUUUUAUUUUGCAUUUCGCGGAAAGGUAUUUUUUGUGAUGGAGGUUUUAUUUUUUUUUCCGAACGCGCUGUAUAAAAUACGCCGCAUCCUCGACCUAUUCUAUCAAAGUAAGGUGUACACAAUUCCAAUUAUGAUUUCAUCGAGACUUUGAUGCUGCCAAUACACAGAAUCACCUGCCAAUGCUUAUUCGUGGACACCUAGAUGAUACUGAUCCUUUUUCCUGUCAUUUUUAUGAUUUUGAAGAAUAAUAAACAUGUAAAAAAUGAAA